AACCUCUACGAUUGCUUUUGUACCUCAACAGCCCUGGCUUCUUAAUGCCAGUAUUCGUGAGAAUAUUUUAUUUGGAGAAUCUUUUCGUCCACGCCGCUAUGAUUUUGUACUUGAAGCCUGUGCUCUUAAACCGGAUAUAGAGCUAAUGCCGGCAAGAGAUUUGACGGUGAUAGGAGAGCGUGGUAUCAAUAUGUCGGGUGGUCAGAGACAAAGAGUGGCCAUAGCGAGAGCUUUAUAUUCGUCAGCUAAUGUCGUAAUAAUGGAUGAUCCUUUAUCAUCGUUAGACAAUGAAGUAGCCCGUCACAUAUUUGAACAAAGUAUUAAAAAAAUGCUAUUGAAAGCCAAUCGCACUGUCAUUUUAGUGACACAACAAUUAAAUUUACUACAACAGGCACACAAUUUAAUUGUGUUGAAAGAUGGUUGCCUGCAAGCAUCCGGUAGCUACAAGGAUAUCGAAAUAACUCAUCCUCAUAUAAUCGCUAAAUGGAAUUCAAUAAUUGCUAAAGCCAAUGCAAAAGAACAACAAAAUAAGUAAGUUGAAGUACAAAACAAAAAAGAGUAAAAAUU